GCGACAACCGCAGUUCCAUAGUCUCGCGAUAUCUCCGUGAUUGGUUGUACUUCUCAUAUCACGUGAUGUGGGAACAAGACUCACUGCGGCUUCAUUUCGGCGGACGUUUCAUACGAAGCAUGGAAAUGAUGAAGAUAGAGAAAGUCAUUGUUGGGAAGGAGAGGAGACCCACCACAGAGGAGAUCAAGUCUGAGCCCGUGGUCGCCCCUCUACAAUCCUAUCAGCACGAGAGUCUGCAGUGUUUCCAGUGCUUCAUCACUUUCUGUAACUCCAAAGCCAAGGAGAGGCACAUGAGGAAGAGUCAUCGGGACCAGUACAAACAGCACCUGCAGCAGACUGAUACGGUCUUCACUUGCUACAAGUGUGACAAGAGCUUCUCCUACUCGGAGGAGCUUAGCCAGCACCAGGCCAGCCACAGCACAGAGGAGAAGCCCUUCCUCUGUGCUUACUGCCAGAAAAACUUCUUCACCUUUACUGAGCUGAACAAACACCGGCGACACGAGUGCAUAGAACGACGGUGUCCCUGCAGGGAUUGUGGCGCACUGUUCCCCAGCCCUUCACGCCUUCGCAACCAUCGUUUGGCUGUGCACCCACAGAACUCCGUGGUUGCUGAUGACAUCAACACCUACCAAUGUUGCAAAUGUAGUUCCAGUUUCAAGACCGAAGAAGAGCUUCUGGAGCACCAGGAGAAAUUUGCCAGUGAUAUAAACUGUGGCGUUAAGCCGCAAGGCAAGAAACGUGGCCGUAAACCUAAGAGUGCAGCUCAAGGGGGGAUGGUAGAGAGCAAGAAGAUCAAAGAAGAAGAGGAAGUAGGGUACGAUGACUCUACAACAGAGGGCUGUCCGUCCAAUGACCUGGAACCAGAACUCAACAUCCCUUGUUCUGAAGCAAACUGUGACCUCAUAUUCCCCUCUCUUACAACCCUGCGGUCACACAAAAGGGAGGUACAUGGGUCUACGCUUGGCAACGCUCACGCAUGCACAGAGUGUGAUGAGAGCUACGCUCAGCCUGAGCAGCUCAAAGCACACAUAGCCAGUGAGCACCUCUCUGGAUACACCUGCCCCAUCUGUGAAAAGAGCUUUGCACAAGAGAGCGCCCUGAAGAUCCACCAGAGCACCCACACUGGAGAAGAGGUGGCAGUAGAAAAAAGAUAAUAUAUGGGGAAAAGACUAACUUCCUCCUACAUCAUUCACAUAAAUUAUUAUCUGAGUGUUUAGUGCCAUAAUCUGUCUAGUGUAGGUAGGAGACCUUUAUGUGACUAAUGGGGUGAGAGGUUUUAAAGAAAUGUUAUGCAACACAUAUGACUUCUAAGUGGUUUUUGGAGUGACUUUUUCAAUUGCUUUUAGGAAGAUGUCCUAUACUUGAAAAUAAAACUGUACAGAUCUAUACAUAAUUGUGAUUAAUGUCCACCGUAAGCUCAUGAUACACGGCUCUUGCUGUCCACAUUACCUCUGUUGUAUCUAGAAUGUAUUUUUUAUUCAUGAAGACUUUGUUUUAUAUUUUCAGGAUGUACACAUAAGGGUGUCAAUUACACAGGAAAUGUUAGUCCUAAACAUCAUAGAAUCUGAAUAAUGGCCAGUGCAAAGAAUUCAUGAAUGUGAUCUGCAGGUUUAAUUUUUUCUUUCAAAAGGAAAUAAUUCUUGCAUUAAACAAUACUUAU